AUGGCGCAAAAACCACCAACGGUGAUCUGCGUCGGAGACAUCCAUGGAUACAUCUCAAAGCUCGAAACCCUCUGGUCUAAUCUCCAAUCCUCCCUCAACCCAUCAGAUUUCAACUCAGCUCUCGUCAUCUUCCUCGGCGACUACUGCGAUCGAGGACCCGAGACCCGAAAAGUCAUCGACUUCUUAAUCUCCCUCCCGGAGAAACACCCCGACCAGACCCACGUCUUUCUCGCCGGAAACCACGAUUUCGCCUUCUCUGCCUUCUUGGGUCUGCUGCCUCGUCCUUCGGAUGGGUCCGAUUUGAAGGAUACGUGGAAGGAGUACGAGGAAUGCGAAGAGAGAGAAGGAUGGUACAGUGGCGAAGGGUUCGAGGAGAUGCAUCUCCAAGGUAGGAGAUGGGCUGGUAAAAUCAAGGCUCAAUUCAAUUCCGUGAAAGGGAUGGCUUAUAAAGGAUCGAUUUACGACGCUGGCUCCACUUUUGAAUCGUACGGUGUUCCUCAUGGAUCUUCUGAUUUGAUGAAGGCUGUUCCAGAGAGUCACAAAAAGUUCUUGACCAAUAUGGUAUGGGUCCAUGAAGAGGACGAUGUUUGUAUAGAAACGGAGGAAGGGCUAAAGCAUUGUAAGUUGAUUGCGGUACAUGCUGGUCUUGAGAAAGGGGAUAGCGUAGAAGAACAGCUCAAGCUUUUGAGAGAUAAAGACACAAGCAUCUCAAAAGUACCAUAUCUAAGUGGUCGGAAAAACGUUUGGGACAUCCCACAGGAACUGGAUGAUAUUCAGACUGUUGUAGUUAGCGGACACCAUGGGAAACUUCACAUCGAUGGCCUGAGAUUGAUUAUUGAUGAAGGCGGUGGAUAUCCGGACAAACCAGUGGCUGCAAUUGUUCUUCCUUCUAUGAAGAUCAUCCGUGACACAGAUCAGUUGUCUAGUUAA